AAACUAGCAUUUAUAUCUCUCUAUAGCUCUUUUCAUUUGUGGCCAUCUUUGCAAGCCAUCAUAUGGCUCUUCUUGAUCAUGUUUCUCUUAGACGUGUAUCAUGUCCUCAGUCCUUUCACUUCACUAGUGAAAACAAUGUCUUUGUCACAUUGCCAGUUAGAGUGCCUUCUUUUAGGAAGGGCUACCACCAUUCCACUGUGAAGUGCUUGAAGGGAGAGAUCAAGCUUCCUACUCCUUUAAAGGAUAAACAAAAUGGUCAUGAUUGCAAGCCUUCAACCAUUUCAGGACCCCAAGUUGUGAAAAGAAAAGAUUUCCCUUUUGAUUUCAUGUUUGGAGCCUCCACUUCUGCUCUUCAGACUGAAGGAGCAGGUGAUGAAGGAGGUAGAGGGCCAAGCACUUGGGAUCGGUUUAUACAAGAUGGAGUUGGAGAAAGGGACAUAGCUGUGGAUUCAUACAACCGAUACAAAGAAGAUGUGCAGCUGCUGAAGAAAAUGGGUGUGGAUGCCUACAGAUUCUCCAUUGCUUGGCCAAGAAUUCUACCUAAGGGUACUGUGAGUGGGGGAGUUAACCAGGAGGGCAUUGAUUUCUACAACAAUUUUAUCAAUGAACUACUCCAAAAUGGCAUAACACCUUUUGUGACAUUGUUCCACUUUGACUUACCACAAGCUCUUCAAGAUGAGUAUGAUGGCUUCUUGAAUCGCCGGAUUGUUGAUGAUUUUAAAAACUAUUCCGACCUAUGUUUCCAAACCUUUGGAGAUCGAGUUAAACAUUGGACAACAAUCAAUGAGCCACAAGUUUUUGGUCAAUAUGGCUAUAAGAUGGGAAGUUCAAAUCCAAAUCCUAACCCUGCCACAGAUCCCUACCUUGCGACUCACCACAUCAUACUAGCCCAUGCUGCUGCUGCAAAGCUAUACAAGGAAAAGUACCAGGCUACACAAGGUGGUGAAAUUGGAAUUUCACUGGUUUGCCAAUGGUUUGAGCCAGAAACACGAUAUCAUUAUGAUAAAGAUGCUGCAGAUAGAGCUGUGGACUUUUUGAUGGGAUGGUAUAUGGAUCCAUUAGUUUAUGGAGACUAUCCAUUUGUAAUGAAGGCUUUGGUUAGAAAUGCGCUUCCAAAAUUCUCAGAAGAAGAAAAAGAAUUAGUUAAAGGUGCCUAUGAUUUUAUUGGUGUCAAUUAUUAUACCUCGCGUUAUGCAAGUACUCUUCCAAUCGAUGCAGAUGACUCACCUCAAAGCCAUGACCAGUACCAAUACGUUGAUCUCAAAGUGGACAGGAAUGGAAAACCAAUUGGAGAGUUGGCUGAAGGGAGCGAUGCCAUUUACAUUUAUCCAGAAGGGCUGAAGGAAAUCCUUGUUCAUCUUAAGAAGGACUAUCAAAACCCCAAAAUCUAUAUAACUGAAAACGGGGUUCCUUCAAAAAGGGAUGACACCAUACCAGUGGAGAAAGCAUUGGAAGAUGAUUACCGAAUUGAGCACAUUCUUGGACAUCUUUAUGCUGUUAGGGAAGGCAUGAAGAAGGGAGCCAAUGUGAAAGGAUUCUUCAUAUGGGCAUUGAUGGACAACAUGGAAAUGGGAUCAGGCUACAAUGUUCGAUUUGGGCUUAACUAUGUGGAUUACUUGGACAACCUAAAUCGCCAUCCUAAGAAGUCUGCAAAAUGGCUCCGUUCUUUCUUGAAAGAAUGACAGUUGGAAGGACUCAAUUGUGAUCUUAGUGAUCUGACUUUUAGCUUUUUGCUUUCCUUGAUGAGUUUGGUUGUUAUCUUUUGCAUGGUUCAUUGCUUGUGGUGUUUCAAGAAUAAUUAUUGAGGAUAUGUCAUCCUUUCUUUCAGCCAACAGUCAAUUUUCUACAUUUGAUUUA